UGGCCGGCGGGCCCCCGCCGCUGGUUCGUAGCCGGCGCCGCGGCCUGGGCUGGGAUGUGAGGAGCGGCGGGUUCUGGGCUCCGGGCUCCGGGCUCCGGGCUCCAGGUGGCGGCGACUGAGAGCGGCGGCGGCUGUGAGCAGCGGCAUUGCGGCGCAAGCGGCAGGCGAGGCCAGCGGGCGCCGUCGGCGGCCGGCCCUGUCGGCCGCGGGAUGAGGAAGCGGACCGAGCCGGUCGCCUUGGAGCAUGAGCGCUGCGCCGCCUCGGGCUCGUCCUCCUCCGGCUCGGCCGCCGCGGCGCUGGACGCCGACUGCCGCCUGAAGCAGAACCUGCGCCUGACGGGCACGGGGGCGACCGAGCCGCGCUGCGCAGCCGACGCGGGAAUGAAACGGGCGCUGGGCAGGCGAAAGAGCCUAUGGUUGCGCCUGAGGAAAAUACUCUUCUGUGUUUUGGGGUUGUACAUUGCCAUUCCAUUUCUCAUCAAACUAUGUCCUGGAAUACAGGCCAAACUGAUUUUCUUGAAUUUCGUAAGGGUUCCCUAUUUCAUUGAUUUGAAAAAACCACAGGAUCAAGGUUUGAAUCACACAUAUAACUACUACCUGCAGCCAGAGGAAGACGUGACCAUUGGAGUCUGGCAUACCGUCCCCGCAGUCUGGUGGAAGAACGCCCAAGGCAAAGACCAGAUGUGGUAUGAGGAUGCCUUGGCUUCCAGCCACGCUAUCAUUCUGUACCUGCAUGGGAACGCAGGUACCAGAGGAGGUGACCACCGCGUGGAGCUUUAUAAGGUGCUGAGUUCCCUUGGUUACCAUGUGGUCACCUUUGACUACAGAGGUUGGGGUGAUUCGGUGGGAACGCCAUCUGAGCGGGGCAUGACCUAUGACGCACUCCACGUUUUUGACUGGAUCAAAGCAAGAAGUGGUGACAACCCUGUGUACAUCUGGGGCCACUCUCUGGGCACUGGUGUGGCGACAAAUCUGGUGCGGCGUCUCUGUGAGCGAGAGACGCCUCCAGAUGCCCUUAUAUUGGAAUCUCCAUUCACUAAUAUCCGCGAAGAAGCUAAGAGCCAUCCAUUUUCAGUGAUAUAUCGAUAUUUCCCUGGGUUUGACUGGUUCUUCCUUGAUCCUAUUACAAGCAGUGGAAUUAAAUUUGCAAAUGACGAAAAUGUGAAGCACAUCUCCUGUCCCCUACUCAUCCUGCACGCUGAGGACGACCCGGUGGUGCCCUUCCAGCUUGGCAGAAAGCUCUAUAGCAUCGCUGCACCAGCUCGAAGCUUCCGAGACUUCAAAGUUCAGUUUGUGCCCUUUCAUUCAGACCUUGGCUACAGGCACAAAUACAUUUACAAGAGCCCUGAGCUGCCACGGAUACUGAGGUUGCUGCCCAGACUUGCCUACCUGCCUGUCAGAGGACACAGGCUCCACCCCACCUUCUGGCUGGUGUGGCCUUGGGCAAGAUGCUAACCCUCCCUGUGCAUGGGACAAGGCUUCCGAGCCCAAGAGGGCAUGUGGUACUUCGACCCUGAGCACUGGACCCAUGGAGGAGCUGCUGCUAAUGGUGAUAGGGUUUUUUGUUGUGUCGUGCCAGUCGGCUCCAAGAAGUAGGUCAAGGUGCCAGUUUCUCCCAGAAGGGGACUGAAAUUGGUGGCCUGAAUUGCCUCCCAGUGCUGUAUAUCCUAUGAGUAAUUCUACUGCAAACUUCUGCUUUUCUCCAGCCGCCUUUGGAAGUUCCAGAGGCAAAGCUGUGUCCCUUUAGCGGUUUGCCAUUCCUGGGCACAGGGACCUGGGUUGCUGAGGGGACAGUGGGCUCAAAGAGUAUGGGUUUGCUUUGCGGUUAUAAUUUUCCCCAUUAUAAAAGGAAGAUUAUAGAAAAUUUAGACCAGAGAAUAGCUCUAAAGUUGAGGGUCAAGAAUCAGAGGCCUUGUGUCCGUGCCUGUGUGUUGGCCUUUGACUUGGCACCGUGCUGCUUGCGCCCUGCCUAACUCACUGAAUGCUGCUCUGGGCUACAGCGAGUCCUCACAGGGCUCUUGGCUGCCUCCUCUCUGCACAGCCUCUGCUUCCUUAGAUAGCAAUGUGAGGACUGGGGAGAAGUAUCUUUGCUCAAAUCUGAGCUCACAUGAUUGGCUCCUGAUUGUCCUGU